AUGGAAGCAAUGGUUAAAGGCCAACGCGAGAGACCAGAUUACUUCCCAAAAUUCAUCACUUGUCCAAGUGAAAUGGUGGCCCUGUCCGUGGCAGAUGGUUAUGCUCGUGUCACUGGACAACCACAAGCAGUUAUUAUACAUGUCGACGUUGGAACCCAAGCGCUCGGCUGUGCCGUACACAAUGCUAGCGUCGGCCGCGUACCUGUAUUCAUCUUUGCCGGUAUAUCCCCAUGCACGUUGGAGGGUGAAUAUCGUGGAAGCAGAACCGAAUUCAUCCACUGGUUACAAGACGUCCCGGACCAGAAAGCAAUAGUGGCGCAAUACUGUCGCUAUACCGCCGAACUGAGGAAGGGUAAGAACGUCAAACAGAUGGUGAACCGAGCCUUGAGUUUCGCAAAAAGCGGGCCCCAGGGUCCAGUCUACUUACAAGGGACGAGAGAGGUCAUGGAAGAGGUCAUCGAGCCUUAUGAGAUCCAACAAGAGUUUUGGAGCCCCGUGGAGCUUGGCGGGCUGACGCCGAAGCAGCUGGACUUGGUCGCCCAAGCCUUGGUCUCUUCUCGGGAGCCCCUCAUCAUCACAGGGUAUUGCGGACGUGAUACUGCCGUGGUACCAUUGCUUGUUGAGUUGGCAAAUAUUAUCAAGGGUUUACGGGUUCUCGACACGGGUGGUUCGGACCUCUGCUUCCCUGCAGAUCACCCUGGCUGGCUGAGUGUGAGGUAUGGUUCAGAUGAGGCCAUUCGCACGGCCGACGUGAUACUAGUAAUCGACUGCGAUGUACCGUGGAUCAACACCCAGUGCAAACCCGCAGAUGGCACUAAGAUCAUCCAUUUCGAUGUCGAUCCUCUGAAACAGCAGAUGCCUCUCUUCUACAUCGACGCAAUCCUGCGUUGUCGCGUCAACACCGCGUUCGCUGUUGACCAAAUCGUCCGACAUUUGAAGACCGAGCUAUCAGAUCAAAUCAGCGCAAAACACGAGCAUUACACAAGUCGAUGGUCGGCCUUGCAGACAUCCUAUGGGCGAAAGCUAGAAGAAAUAGCUUCACAGGCCGAACCCAACCCGGACGGCUCUUUCGGGUGCGGCUUUCUCAUUUCGCAAGUUCGAAGAGCUUGUCCAAUCGACACUGUUUGGGUCGUUGAAGCAGUCACCAAUACUUUUACCGUGGCCGAUCAGUUGCAAGCAACAGUGCCAGGAAGCGUGUUCAGCUCGGGUGCAGGUGGACUAGGUUGGUCGGGCGGCGCAGCUCUUGGUAUAAAAAUGGCCACGGACGCCCUUCACGGAGGGAAAGGCAAGUUCGUAUGCCAGAUUAUUGGUGACGGCUGCUUUCUAUUCUCAAUUCCUGCAAGUGUGUAUUGGAUUGCACAAAAGUAUGAGAUACCGGUGCUGACUAUAGUGCUGAAUAACGAUGGUAAGUUGAGGCCCAACCGUCUGUUCCUGGGUCACAUUGUGAGAAAUUUUGGACUGACAGAGAAUGUUGUUGCAGGGUGGAAUGCACCUCGGAAGUCUAUGCUUCUUGUUCACCCUGAUGGGUUGGGGUCUCAAGUCAGCAACGAGGAACUCAACAUCUCGUUCUCACCAAACCCAGAUUACUCGACUAUUGCUAAGGGUGCAUCGGGAGGAAAAUGCUGGGGAGGGCGAGCCAGCACCGUUGAAGAACUGGCAUUUCUAUUACCCCAGGCUGUGGACGCUGUACAGAACGGCCGUUCGGCUCUGUUAGACGCCAGAUUAAAGUAG